AAUAUUACAGUGAUACACACAGGAUGCUCAGUGUAUUUGAGAUGGCGCCGGGUCAUUUGUGUAAGAUACACAGUUUCCUCGGGCGGUUUUCUAACGCCACAACGCUAAGACAUAUACAAACAUGUUUGGUGACAUUUCGGCACGAGUCCAGUGUCACUGGUCCUUCACUUGAUGGCCCAAACUGUAACGUGGAAAUUGGCAUGACGUCAGAUGGGAAAACCAUAGUGUGCUACCAUCCUGCUGUCGACACUCCCUAUGAACUUACACAGCCUAUAGAGCGACCUAACCCUGUAACCAACCCAGUUGAGACCCAUGAUGAGGUUUUAAAGUCUCACCUCAGCAAGGAGGUGCUGAAGGACAAACAGGGACCCACUAUAGAGGAGCUGAGCAAGAUGUUUUUCACCACCAAACACCGGUGGUAUCCCAAAGGACAAUACCACAUGAGACGCAGACAAAAGGAUCCUCCAAAGGACAGAUAAUUGAAGGCCAAAGUUACAAAACUGUAAACAUUGUUUUUUCUUUUAAUUGUCACAGUGAUGGCAAUAAACUGUUAAAUAUUGACUCGA